AUGAGGAGUUAUGAGGCCACUUACAGCACUUGUAUCAGGCCACUUACAACACUUGUACCAGACCACUUGCAGCACUUGUACCAGACCACUUACAACACUUGUACCAGACCACUUACAGCACUUGUACCAGACCACUUACAGCACUUGUACCAGGCCACUUACAGCACUUGUACCAGGUCACUUACAGCACUUGUGCCAGGCCACUUACAACACUUGUGCCAGACCACUUACAGCACUUGUACCAGACCACUUACAGCACUUGUGCCAGGCCACUUACAGCACUUGUACCAGGCCGCUUACAGCACUUGUACCAGGCCACUUACAGCACUUGUACCAGGCCACUUACAGCACUUGUGCCAGGCCACUUACAGCACUUGUACCAGGCCACUUACAGCACUUGUGCCAGGCCACUUACAGCACUUGUACCAGGCCACUUACAGCACUUGUGCCAGGCCACUUACAGCACUUGUGCCAGGCCACUUACAGCACUUGUGCCAGGCCACUUACAGCACUUGUGCCAGGCCACUUACAGCACUUGUGCCAGGCCACUUACAACACUUGUGCCAGGCCACUUACAACACUUGUGCCAGGCCACUUACAACACUUGUACCAGGCCACUUACAGCACUUGUGCCAGGCCACUUACAGCACUUGUGCCAGGCCACUUACAGCACUUGUGCCAGGCCGCUUACAGCACUUGUACCAGGUCACUUACAGCACUUGUGCCAGGCCACUUACAGCACUUGUACCAGGCCGCUUACAGCACUUGUGCCAGGCCACUUACAGCACUUGUGCCAGGCCACUUACAGCACUUGUACCAGGCCGCUUACAGCACUUGUACCAGGCCGCUUACAGCACUUGUACCAGGCCGCUUACAGCACUUGUACCAGGUCACUUGCAGCACUUGUACCAGGUCACUUGCAGCACUUGUACCAGGUCACUUGCAGCACUUGUGCCAGGCCACUUACAGCACUUGUGCCAGGCCACUUACAGCACUUGUACCAGGCCGCUUACAGCACUUGUACCAGGCCGCUUACAGCACUUGUACCAGGCCGCUUACAGCACUUGUACCAGGUCACUUGCAGCACUUGUGCCAGACCACUUACAGCACUUGUGCCAGGCCACUUACAGCACUUGUACCAGGCCGCUUACAGCACUUGUGCCAGGCCACUUACAGCACUUGUACCAGGCCGCUUACAGAACAUUUUCAAGUAACACUACUUAA